AUGGCUGAAGCACUUGUUUCUGUUGUCUUGGAGCAGUUGGCUUCAAUCGCUCGUCAACAACUUGACCAACAGUUAAUGCUGGUGGCGGGUGUUGAUGACCAAGUCCGAAAGCUCACCAGCCAUUUCCGAUCCAUUCGGGUUGUCCUUGAAGAUGCAGAGAACAGACAAUUCAUGGAUAGUGGUGUGAGGGAUUGGCUGGACAAGCUUAAAGAGGCAUCGUAUGAUAUAGAUGAUGUGUUGGAUGAGUGGAACACUUCUAUUGGGAAAUUACAACUUACGGAACUUAGAAAUGCCUCCAAGUCGAUGAUCAAAAAGUUGGCUUCAAUCGCUCGUCAACAACUUGACCAACAGUUAAUGCUGGUGGCGGGUGUUGAUGACCAAGUCCGAAAGCUCACCAGCCAUUUCCGAUCCAUUCGGGUUGUCCUUGAAGAUGCAGAGAACAGACAAUUCAUGGAUAGUGGUGUGAGGGAUCCAAACCUUAUAAAUUGA